AUGGCUACUUGUACAUCUACCCGCCAAACUCGAGCGUUGAGUUUACCAAGGGUGACAUCUCGGAGUUCAAGGCAUGUACCUUCGGUCCCAACGCCAAAGUCGCACAUUACUUUUGCCCAACCUGCGGCUCUAGCUGCAUGGCCCGCAGCAUCGGCAAGCCCAACUUCUUCCCAGGCAUGACGUGUCUCAACGUGCGUAUGCUCGAUGGCGUAGACCUCAAGGCCCUGAAGAUUAAAUUCGCAGACGGGAAGAGUUAUACGCCAGGAAGCCUGGCGGAGGGCGAGGAGAAUAAAGAGUGGAAGAAGAUGGGUGAAGGGAAGAAACAAGCCGAAUAAAGUUUAUGCUUGAUGUAAGGGCUGAUGCCUAUGCGACCAAAAAAAAAGGCCUGAACCAGUAUGAAAAAGGGCGCACGAACCCUUCAGCUGCACAACACACCAGGCAGACACAAUUCAGCUAGCAAUAUAAAUCUAAACGACAUC